AUGGAGGCGGAAGAGGCGGAGGGCACGACGAAUGACGCGUUGCACGCGUUGCAAAGCGACCCGCAUGCUGACCUCGAACUCUCCUGCUUCUCCUUCCACGUCCCCGGGCUGAACCUGCUCGCAGCUGCAUUGCUGUACAACGGGCUCACCCCCGAGGAAGGGUUCGAGGUGUUUGACAUCGACUGCGAUGGCAAGAUCAACCUCUCUGAGUUCCUCCAAACUUCGCGGCCUCUGCUGGGGAUGAUCGACGAGGCCGCCCAUGUCCAGCUGCACAGGGCCAUGGACUUCGAUGGCUCCGGCUGCAUUGAGCGGCACAACUGGAUCGAGCUGCUUCGCGGCUACGAUGCGGCCAAGGUGCUGGAAGAACGAGGGAUAACGCCAUGCGUGCAUGAGCAGGAGAUGGCAGAGGAGGAGGAGCGACAGCUAGUGGAGCGAGGCGCUGAGAUACCUCCUCCGCUGCCAGCAGCAGCACAAAUCCACUCUCAGGAUAUGCGUGCGGCAGAAAUGGUGCUUGAGGAGUGCGAAGACUCGGGUAUCAGCGCUGGAGGCGGAAUCGACGAGCAACGUCAUGCGAAUUCAGAGGGAGACGUAAAGGCUCGUUACCUCGGAGACCAUGCUGAUUAUCUAAGGAUUCAGGAGGAAGACGUGAAGGCUGAAGAAGAGAGUGAGAAGGAGAGUACUGAAGAACUCUGUGCUCCUACACGCUCCAUUCUUGAUCUCCAACAGUACAGACAGAGCAUGUCUGAAAAUCGAGAAGCUCUUGGCCCAAACAGCAAUGCUUCGGAUAGUUUGAAGGAUCUUUGCCUUCAUGCCGAGGGGCUGAAAAUCGUAGAGGAGAGUGCGGAGGAAGUCCUUCUCGACAAUUUGCAUAUGAGUCAGGAUGACAACAGAGCUGUGGAGCUGAGAGGAGAAGGGCAGGACGUCCCGAAGAAGGCGAGCAAGCGGAAGUCCGUGGUCUCGAGGAAGCCCCUGAAGGCCUCUAACUCCGUCGAGGAAGGUCAAGACAAGGUCAAGGGGAAGACGAGAGGGACAGAGAGCGAUGCGCCGCAUGCUGAGAGGAGGAUCAACACUCCCAGAGGGCUGUUUGCGAGGUUGUCCGAGCCCAAGGAAUCGCCGGUGAAGAGCAAGAGGCUGCUGAGGUCGAGGACGCCUCGCUAUGUCAGUGAGGGCCUUGACCGGUCGCUCCUUCAAGAUCAUGGGACGAGCACGGAUCUGCCCCAGCAGGGUCUCAGCUCAAGCACGCGGCCCUCUGCUCAUGAGUCAGCUCCCUCCUCCAGCUUCGAGACUCCCUUCUGGAUCAGGCUCUCGGCCCCUGUUGUCCCGAAGGUCUCCAAGGAAGCCUGGGACAUCCUGCCGUCGCGCAAGUCAAAGUCCCGCAAGAAGCGAGCUGAGAAGGCGGAAAGCUCGAGCAGAGCUGGGCUAGAGGUUCUGCCUAUGAUAGGCAACGGCGUCACCGCUGGCUCUCAGAGUCUCUCGAAGCAGAAGAAGGCAAUUGAACGCGCAGCCCCUUGGGCUCUCAUUGACACGGAAUGUACCCGUAACAGGUCACUGUCAGCCCCCUCUUCAUCCGAGCACACGGCCCGAGCAACGGUCUCAGCAAGAGGUUCGUCGAGGUUGUCAGCUGAAGAUGAUGCAGCAGAUCCUGUGAAGGUGCCGGGCACGUCAAGUACCGAGAAGGGGCUGCUGAGCCUUCCGGUGGGCGUCAGGCCGGGUGUCAAGGUGGGUCACAGAGUCUUGUCUCGCCCUCAAGGGAACGGGUUCCCGUCCAUCGUCGACACGUUCACCAAGCACGGCUACCAACGGCUUUCGUUCAACGCCAAGAAUGAUGACAGUUAUGCAAUCCGGUGGGUACAGCAAACGUGGGAGGUCAACUUCGACACCUUCAGGGCUGGAGAGCAGCUGGUGAACGUCCUUCCUGGAGUUGAAGUGUUGUCCAACAAGAGCAAGCUCCUCCGAUGCCUCGAGGAGCACGCCAAGAGCUCGGGCUGCGACCUCGGCUUCCUCCCCAUGUCCAAGAUUGCCUCGAACCCUCGGGGCCUCCUGCAGGGAGCUGGCGAUCUGCUGGGGAAGGAGGGGGAGGAGAUGGCGAGGGACGAGAGGAUCUGGAUCAUCAAGCCCUCCAACAACAACCAGGGGACGGGGAUCGUAGUCUGCCGCACCUGCGACAUUCCCGCCAUAUCGCGAGACAUCUGGGUUGACUCGCUCGACGUCAUUGAGCCCCUCAGGGCGGCGGAGGAGGGAAGGGCGGAGAGGAGGAGCGCAGCGAAGAAAGAACGAGGGAAGAAGUCAGCUUCAGGGGAGAAGAGGCUCCUCAGACCUGGGGACGAAGUCAUCCUGCAGGAAUACAUCAUGAACCCCCUCCUUAUUGCAAGGCGAAAGUUUGACAUCAGGGCCUUCUGCCUUGUCGCUUCAGUGAACCCUCGGCUGUUUCUGAGGUACGACGACUUCUACCUCAGAAGGGCUUGUGAGGCGUUUGACGUCAAGGACCUUGGGAGGAAAUCAUCGCACCUCACCAACAUCUGCGUGCAGAAGCACCAUCCUCUCUUCGGCGAGGACUCUGUGUGGGACGCGUCUCGCUUCCGGCAGUACCUGGAGAGCAAGGACUUGGGGGGCAUGCUCGACGACCAGAUCCUGCCAGGGAUAGAGAGGAUCAUGACUGACUGCGUGCAAGCUGCUCUGCCGACGCUCUCAACGCGGCGAGGGUGCUUCCAGCUGCUGGGCUUCGACCUCCUGAUCGAUGUCUCUGGGCAUGUUUACCUGCUGGAGGUCAACCGCAACCCUGACCUGCAGUCUCACACGCGGCGGUUGCACGGGAUCUUUCAUGCUCUGCUGGAGGACACCCUCCAGGUCGUCACGGAUGUCAACAUCAAGCUGAUGAAAGGGAUGCCGCCAUGGCCACCCGAGCGCGCGACGUCGUUCAAACGGCUGAUGGUGAAGGAGUGA